AUGAAAGAACGUUAUGCUAAUCUUCCAAAGAGUGAUAUCAUUAAAUCAUUAGAAAAUCAAUCUCCUGAACUUAUCAAAUUAUUGAAUGAAUUCAAAGAAAAAUUAUCAAUAAUAAACGAGUCAACUAGACCAAUAAUUGACAAAGCAAAACAAAAAAGAAUUGUUGAUAAUCCAAUAAUGGAAUUUUUGUUUAUAAAACACCAGACAUUAUUAAAUUAUCUUACAAAUAUAUCAUUUUAUCUUUAUCUUAAAUCUUCUGGAACCUCAAUCAAUUUGUUUAAACAUCCAAUAACUGAUGCACUUUUGGAAUUGAAUAAUACAUGGAAAAAAUUGGAAAAAUUAGAAAUAAAAAUGAAAAAAUCCAUUGAUUUAUUUAUUGAAAAACUGAAUGAUGAUAAUGUUGAUGUUAUAGAUUGGCAGAUUGAAUCAAAUAUUAUUGAACAUGAAAAUCAAAGUUUUCAAGAAGAAAAUGAUGAUGAAAUUAAUUCGGAAAAUGAAAACAACAAAUAUUAUGAAGAAGAAUUAUUAGAAAAUAACUCUUCUGAUCUGGACAAUUCCAAACCUUCUUCUUCUUCACCAAAAUUGACCCCGACAAUAUUAACAUCCGUAGUAGAAAAUGAAUUCGAAUCGACUGAUUUUGGUGAUUUGGAUGUAUUGGAUGAAGUAGACGCAGAAGAUAAAAUUCAAAGAAAAAAAUCUUUACGUUAUCAUGUUUCCAAAAUUGAUCAAAAACUUGCUAAACGUGAGAAAGCCAUUAAAUUAAGUGGAGAUGUUGAUCUUCCAUAUAAAGAUAUAGAUGAUGAAAAUAAAAGAAACAUUAAUAAUGACACACUUCCAAACGGCACUAAACGAAAAAUCAACUAUCAAAUUUACAAGAACAAAGGUCUUAUGCCACAUAGAAAGAAGGAACAACGUAACCCGCGUGUUAAACAUCGUAAUAAAUACGUUAAAGCAAAGAAAAAGAUCAAGAGUAUUAAACCUGGUGUUAUCAAACAAAAAGGAUUUUAUGGUGGCGAAAGUACUGGUAUUAAUGCUGGAAUAUCAAGAAGUGUCAGAUAUUCUAAAGUUGUCAUGGAUUUUGGUUCAGAUGAAGAAUUUUUUCAACCCGCAAAAAAAUAUAAUCCUUCAAAAAAAUCGCCUUUAUCAUCAACGUGUUCUUCAAAAAACCAUGCUGAAACUGAAUUCAAUAAUAAUGAUGAUGAUGAACGAAAAAGUGUCAUUUCACAGACACAACUGCUUCAAGAAUCAACAAAAUCUCAUUCUGAAAAUGUUGAAAUAAUCUCUACUACAAAUGACAUUAACACUAACACCAUCAUCAGCACUUCAGCAUCAGCAAUUCUUAAAAAAUUACUUGAAAAGAGAAAAAAUAAAAAAGAUCUCUCUCUUUCAAGAAAACAAAACAUUCCUUUACAAAAAAAGGAUGCACCUCUAAAAAAUUCACCUGGAUUUAAUUACCAAAAUAAAUCAGAAUUAUCUUGUUUGACAAUUUCCGAACCUCAAAUUCUUGUUCUUAUAAGAAAUGAAACAUUUUCAACAAUUGAUAUUGUUGAUCAUAAAAAUAUGCUUCCUAUUACUACUAAUGCAUCUGUUAACAAUGGUCUUCAGGAAUUAAAAAUUUCAGGUGAAGAUCAAACAGUCUCUUCUACUGUUACAACUUCUGCUGCUGUCAUUGUCACAAUCACAGCUAAUGCUACAACUGCAACUACUAAUAUUUCUCCAACUGGCAAUCACAUUUCACUCCUUGACAAACGUAAAGCUAAUGAUGAUGUUGAUCAGGAAGAAAAUUUCACCUCAUUACCAAUUGAUGUUCCAGGUGUUGAAAAGAGGAAAAAAAUGGAACAUUCGAAUGAGAGUGAAACAUUGCCAAAACUAACAAAAAGGCCCAGGAUUGAUAAAAAGUCAAAUGAUAAAAAUUCUUUUGCUGGUACUGAAAUAACUUGGCUAUCAAAAGCUAAAGUUUGUCCUUAUUGUGACAAGAAGUGGGCUUGUAAAACAGAUAAUGUUAAAAAUAGAAUUGCUCACAUGAAAAGAUGUGGCAAAAAACUUAAAAUCUCACCUGCAGAUAUGGUUACAAUAGUAAGGGAGAAAAAAAUUAUUGAUUACUUUGCUGAUUCGGAUUUUGAAGAUUUCAAAAUAGUAUCAAGGCCAAUCAAAAAACUAGUUGAUCCGAAUAAAAAUAAAAAACAAAAUGGAAAACAGAUGAUGGCAUAUGAUUUAAACACCACACCCAUCUUACCUCCAAAUAAAGCAAUUAAACGAUCAAACAGACUUGCAAAAAAAUCAUUUUUAAGCAAGCCAUCUAUAACUGAAUUUACAAAAUAUUUGCCACCAUCGCCAUCACUAACAGAAUCAAAUAAAAGCAAGAUAGGUGAACAUUUUAAAAUGAUCAUGGAAGAAAGACCUAAGAGCCAUAAAAGAAAUUAUACUUUGUGGCAAAUUCAGGCAUUUGGUGGUGAAGAUUGCCCAUUAACUAUCAAUGACUACUAUAUUGACAGUGUAAAGAAGGUAUAUGCAGAUUUUGAGUUUGAUAUUGCUCCCAAUCAAAAACAAAAAAUACUUUGA